AUGAAAACUUUUGCGUAUCUUGACAUUCAGAUAGGAACCAGGGAUGUUGGAAGGAUAGUUAUUGAGCUUGACUUUGAGAAGGCUCCAAAAGCCUGUGAUAACUUUUUACAGCUAUGCGAGACUAAUGAUUACAAAGAUACCUGCUUCCACAGAGUAAUUAAGAAUUUUAUGAUUCAGGGCGGAGACACGGAUCACAAGAUAAUGCGACAUGAUGAAUAUCCUCCCGUUGGUCUAGGGAAAGGUGGCAGAUCAAUUUAUCCAUCAAACCUCUUUGAUGAUGAAAAUUUAAGAGCCAUAGAUGAACCGUUUUUGGUUUGUAUGUCUAAUAAAGGCACGGUCAAUUCUAAUAGCUCCCAGUUCUUUAUCAACACCCUAGCAUCUCCUCAUUUGACAGGAAAGCAUACAGUUUUUGGUAAAGUAAGACACGGAAAGUCGGUUGUCAGAGAAAUUGAGAGAGUGUCCGUUAUGAGCACCAAAAAUAGCGAUUCAGAGGCCUGGAUACCAGUCAAAGAAGAGAUGGUUCUCAUUGUAAAUUGUGGGAAGUGGAACGAUGGAGAUCCUGUUCCGUGCUAUAAUGCAUGCUACGACUCUCUUGGCGGAGACAUUUAUGAAGAAUAUCCUGAUGACAAUGAAGUUGAGGGUCUUGACCUUGAGAAUCCUGAAAUGACAUACAAAAUUAGCACAGUGAUAAAGGAGUCGGCGUCAUUACUCUUGAAAGAAAAAAGACUACGAGACGCAUUUCUGAAAUAUAAAAAGGCUUUGCGGUAUUGUAAUGAGCUGAUUCCAGAUCAAGACACAAACCCUGAAUAUCAUAAGAAAUUUCUGAAUCUUAAGAAAACGAUCUACCUCAAUUUGGCAUUAGUGGCACUCCAAAUGAACGACUAUAAGACUACAAUUGACUAUUGUGGGUAUCUAUUGGAAAUGGACAAAGACGUCCCUAUGACACAGACCCAAACAUCGAAGACAUUUUAUCGCUUAGGUAUGGCCUACCGAGGGCUUAAAAAUUUUGAAGUGGCUUUGGAAUUCCUCCAAAAGGCAAGUUUUCUGUCUCCUAAUGAUCAGGGAAUAAAGAGUGAGCUAUCCGUGGUCCAAAAGCUUGUAGAAGACGAGAAGAAAAGCGUGAGGCAAAGGUUUGCCAAAUUUUUCGAUUAG